GGGGACUGGGCUGUCAGCCGCCAGCGGAGGAGGAAGCCGCGGUCCGCGUGCGGUUUGAGGGGCGGGACCUGGAGGCCUGCGGAGGGUCUGGCAGCAGAGGCAGGGCCAUGCGGGAGCGCCGGCGCGUGGGGCCGCCGGGGUCGGUGGUGGUGGUCGCCACCGUGAUGCUGCUGCUGAGCGGCGUGGGGCCGGCGCGCGGCUCCGAGGACAUCGUGGUGGGCUGCGGGGGCUUCGUCAAGUCGGACGUGGAGAUCAACUACUCGCUCAUCGAGAUAAAGUUGUACACCAAGCAUGGGACUUUGAAAUACCAGACAGACUGUGCCCCUAACAAUGGUUACUUUAUGAUCCCCUUGUAUGAUAAGGGAGAUUUCAUUCUGAAGAUUGAGCCUCCUCUAGGGUGGAGUUUUGAGCCAACCACCGUGGAGCUCUACGUGGAUGGUGUGAGCGACAUCUGCACGAAGGGCGGGGACGUCAACUUCGUGUUCACGGGCUUCUCCGUGAAUGGAAAGGUUCUCAGCAAAGGGCAGCCCCUGGGGCCCGCAGGAGUUCAGGUGUCUCUGAGAAACACAGGCACAGAAGCAAAGAUCCAGUCCACAGUCACACAGCCUGGCGGAAAGUUUGCGUUUUUUAAAGUUCUUCCUGGAGAUUAUGAAAUCCUUGCAACUCAUCCAACCUGGCCAUUGAAAGAGGCGAGCACCACUGUACGAGUAACGACCUCCAACGCCAAUGCCGCGGGCCCCCUCAUAGUGGCUGGCUACAACGUGUCUGGCUCUGUCCGCAGUGACGGGGAACCCAUGAAAGGGGUGAAGUUUCUUCUCUUCUCUUCUUUAGUAACCAAAGAGGAUGUCCUGGGCUGCAACAUCUCCCCAGUGCCUGGAUUCCAACCCCAAGACGAGAGUCUGGUGUAUUUGUGCCACACGGUCUCCAAAGAAGACGGCUCCUUCUCCUUCUCUUCGUUGCCGAGUGGAGGCUAUACUGUGAUUCCAUUCUAUAGAGGGGAGAGGAUUACCUUUGACGUUGCUCCUUCUAGACUUGACUUUACAGUGGAACAUGACAGCCUGAAAAUUGAGCCUGUGUUCCACGUCAUGGGAUUCUCUGUCACUGGGAGGGUCUUGAACGGACCUGAAGGAGAGGGUGUCCCAGACGCGGUGGUCACCCUGAACAACCAGAUCAAAGUCAAAACAAAAGCCGAUGGCUCAUUCCGUCUGGAGAACAUAACAACCGGGACGUACACCAUCCACGCCCAGAAGGAGCACCUCUACUUUGAAACCGUCUCAAUCAAAAUCGCACCCAACACGCCUCAGCUGGCUGACAUCAUCGCCACAGGGUUCAGUGUCUGUGGCCAGAUAUCAAUCAUUCGCUUCCCCGACACUAUCAAGCAGAUGAGUAAAUACAAAGUUGUCCUGUCCUCUCAAGACAAGGACAAGUCUUUGGUCACCGUGGAGAUGGAUGCUCAGGGAUCAUUCUGUUUUAAAGCAAAACCAGGGACCUACAAAGUCCAGGUGAUGGUUCCUGAGGCGGAGACCAGAGCGGGGCUGAUGUUGAAGCCUCAGAUGCUGCUUCUGGCUGUGACUGACAGGCCUGUGAUGGACGUGGCCUUCGUGCAGUUUUUGGCAUCGGUUUCGGGGAAAGUCUCUUGUUUGGACACCUGCGGUGACCUGCUGGUGACCCUGCAGUCCCUGAGCCGCCAGGGCGAGAAGCGGAGCCUCCAGCUCUCCGGCAAGGUCAACUCGAUGACUUUCACGUUUGACAACGUGCUGCCCGGAAAAUACAAAAUCAGCAUCCUGCAUGAAGAUUGGUGCUGGAAGAACAAGAGUCUAGAGGUGGAGGUUCUGGAGGACGAUGUGUCAGCGAUUGAGUUCAGGCAGACGGGCUAUAUGCUGAGAUGCUCCCUGUCUCACGCCAUUACUCUGGAAUUUUAUCAGGAUGGAAAUGGACCUGAGAACGUGGGGAUUUAUAACCUCUCCAAAGGCGUCAACCGAUUCUGCCUGUCCAAGCCCGGCGUGUACAAGGUGACCCCUCGCUCCUGCCACCGGUUCGAGCAAGCGUUCUACACCUAUGACACGUCUUCACCCAGUAUCUUGACGUUGACAGCCAUUCGCCACCACGUCCUUGGAACUAUCACCACUGACAAAAUGAUGGAUGUUACCGUGACUAUCAAAUCUUCCAUCGACAGCGAACCUGCCCUGGUCCUCGGCCCUCUGAGGUCCAUGCAGGAGCUGCGGAGGGAGCAGCAGCUGGCCGAGAUCGAGAGCCGCAGGCAGGAGAGGGAGAAGACCGGUGGAGAGGAGGGGGUUGAGGGAAGGACCAAGCCCCCUGUGCAGGAGAUGGUGGACGAGUUACAGGGCCCCUUCUCCUACGACUUCUCCUACUGGGCACGGUCUGGGGAGAAAAUCACUGUCACACCCUCGUCUAAAGAGCUGCUCUUUUAUCCUCCUUCCAUGGAAGCCACCGUCAGUGGAGAAAGCUGCCCAGGGAAGUUGAUUGAGAUACAAGGGAAAGCAGGCUUAUUUCUGGAAGGCCAGAUCCACCCAGAGUUGGAAGGAGUGGAGAUUGUCAUCAGUGAAAAGGGGGCGAGUUCACCCCUGAUCACAGUCUUUACUGACGACAAAGGUGCCUAUAGUGUUGGGCCACUGCACAGUGACCUGGAGUAUACCGUGUCUUCGCAGAAGGAGGGCUACGUUUUGACUGCGGUGGAAGGAACCAUAGGAGACUUUAAGGCUUAUGCCUUGGCAGGCGUGAGCUUUGAGAUAAAAGCUGAAGACGACCAGCCCCUCCCUGGGGUCCUCUUAUCCCUCAGCGGUGGUGUGUUUCGUUCCAACCUCUUGACUCAGGACAACGGCAUUCUGACCUUCUCAAACCUGAGCCCCGGCCAGUAUUACUUCAAGCCCAUGAUGAAGGAAUUCCGGUUUGAGCCAUCCUCGCAGAUGAUCGAGGUGCAGGAGGGGCAGAACUUGAAGAUCACCAUCACCGGCUACCGCACGGCCUACAGUUGCUAUGGUACAGUUUCUUCCUUAAAUGGAGAACCAGAACAGGGUGUUGCCGUGGAAGCAGUGGGCCAGAACGACUGCAGUAUUUAUGGAGAAGACACCGUGACGGACGAAGAAGGGAAGUUCAGGUUACGUGGAUUGCUGCCGGGAUGUGUAUACCACGUUCAGCUCAAGGCAGAAGGCAACGACCACAUUGAACGGGCCCUGCCUCACCACCGGGUCAUUGCGGUUGGGAAUAACGACAUUGAUGAUGUGAACAUCAUAGUUUUCCGGCAGAUAAAUCAGUUUGACUUGAGUGGAAAUGUGAUCACUUCAUCCGAGUAUCUUCCUACAUUAUGGGUAAAGCUUUACAAAAGUGACAACCUGGACAACCCGAUCCAGACGGUCUCCCUGGGCCAAUCCCUCUUCUUCCACUUCCCGCCCCUGCUCAGAGACGGCCAGAGCAAGCUAUCGUGGCUGGCGCGGUGGCAGCAAACUUUGCAGAGAACUUGGUCCCUUUCCGGGGGACUUAGCCUGAGGGUGUGAGUAGCGAGCCUGUGUGUGUGUGGUCCCUCCCCCGGCUUCUUACCAUUUGCCACGGGGAUGAUACUCUAUGGCCUUUUUCAGCAUGAAAUGGCUGUGAAAUAACGAAGCAGGUUGUGAUGGAGUUUGGGGCCUCCUCCCCACUUCUCCAGGUGCCCUUUGUAAUCAAGCCACUUUCGGCAGCACAACACCAUGGACACAGACUCCCCUGGGCUCACAGCCUGCUCGGUACCCUACAGCUGAGAGACCCUGGGCACGUCAUGCUUCACUUCUUCAGGCCUCGCUCUCCCCAUCUGUGAAAUGGGGGCAAUAAUCCUGAUCUUGUCAGUGGUUGAGAGCAGAACAGGCAUUUGCCUAAUGUGCUCAUGGCACCGGGCCCCUGGUCGGGGCUCAGCAUACCAGGACCAUGACCGUCACUGGAACCACUGCAGAGACGCUGCGUCUUAGAACCCGCCAGCUAAUGAGCCACUUAAGUAUCGUCCCUUGAAAGUCAACCUCGUUUUAGAUUAAAAACAGUCUUCCUCAGUUUAAUCAUGUGCCCCCCUCAUCAGAACUGACUCAUCAGAACUGUGUUUCAUAAAGUCAGAUUCUCCAAGGACCACCGUAGGUGCAGUGGUUGGAUACGCUUGUAAAAACAAGCUCUGAGCGCCUCUUCAGAGACGUCAGGGACGCACGGCUGUCAGUGCUGGAAUAGCCUGCUGAGGCCGCCCCUUGGGAGUUAGCAACCUAGGCUUGGAAGUGUAAACUUGGGGAUUUCUUUAGAAAUAUAAAGUCCUUUACAUCACAGUCAUACGUUAGGAGUUAGUUUUCUUUUGCUUUGCCCCAGCUGUCCUUUAUGAAAACAACAACUUCUUCCCUGU